GGUCGCUCAACCAACAAACCGUCUCUGCACCACCAACAUCACCAACAUCACCACCACCACGCACCGCGGACCGAUCUCUCCGCCGCUUUCUCUUCUUCCAGGUCUCCAUACUCAUACUCAUUCCUGCUCUCAUCUCUGCUCUACUGUCUCUCUUCUGCAGCUUCAUAUCCUCUCUGCUUCUCUUUCUCUCCCCCUCUCUCUCUCUCUCCCUCUCUCCCCGCCUUCUCUCCCCAGCUUGAUCAUCCUGCUACAGCUCUACACUCGAAACAAGAAGGAAAAAAAAAAAAUAUUACUUUACCUACCCUAACCCAGUUCACUCCUAAUCAUGUCGGCCAAGUCAAUCUACGAAGCUGAUGGCAAAGCCAUCCUCAACUACCACCUCACACGUGCGCCAGUCAUCAAGCCCUCUCCUCUCCCCGCUCCCACCACACACAAUGCUCCCGCAAAGCUCGCUUCCCUCCACUUUGACGAGGACUGCUCCGUCGAAGGCGUCCUCGACCAGGCCGAAUCCACCUAUCCCUGGCUGCUCGCCAAAGGAGCCAAGUUCGUCGCAAAGCCCGAUCAAUUGAUCAAGAGAAGAGGCAAGAGCGGCCUGCUGGCGCUCAACAAGAGCUGGGAGGAGGCCAGAGAAUGGAUUGCCGCCCGCGCCGGAAAGCCACAGCAGGUCGAGACCGUCACCGGUGUCCUGCGACAUUUCCUCGUUGAGCCUUUCGUCCCCCAUCCACAAGAGACCGAAUACUACAUCAACAUCAACUCCGUCCGUGAGGGCGAUUGGAUCUUGUUCACACAUGAAGGAGGUGUCGACGUAGGAGACGUCGACGCCAAGGCAGAGAAGCUCUUGGUUCCCGUUAACCUCAAGAACUUCCCGUCGAACGACGAGAUCGCCGCCAAGCUGCUCAGCAAGAUUCCCCAGGGCCUGCACAAUGUCUUGGUCGACUUCAUCACAAGACUAUACGCUGUCUACGUCGACUGCCAGUUCACUUAUCUGGAGAUUAACCCCCUCGUCGUGAUCCCCAACGCUGACAAGACAUCCGCUGAAGUCCAUUUCUUGGAUCUGGCGGCCAAGCUCGACCAGACCGCCGAGUUUGAGUGCGGCACCAAGUGGGCUGUUGCGCGCAGCCCGGCUGCCCUCGGAAUCCGCGCUCCGCUCAAGAACGAUGACAAGGUGACCAUCGAUGCCGGCCCACCAAUGGACUUCCCAGCACCCUUUGGCCGUGAAUUGAGCAAGGAAGAAAAGUUCAUCGCCGACAUGGACGCCAAGACCGGCGCAUCCCUCAAGCUCACCGUUCUCAACUCCACCGGCCGAAUCUGGACUCUCGUUGCCGGUGGUGGUGCCUCCGUCGUUUACGCUGAUGCCAUUGCCUCCGCUGGCUUCGUCAGCGAACUCGCCAACUACGGUGAGUACUCCGGCGCGCCCACCGAGACCCAAACCUACAACUACGCCCGCACCGUGCUUGACCUCAUGCUGCGCGCGCCCAUGCACCCAGACGGUAAAGUUCUCUUCAUCGGCGGCGGUAUCGCCAACUUCACCAACGUCGCCACCACGUUCAAGGGUGUCAUCCGCGCACUGAGAGAAGUCGCGCCUGUCCUCAACGAGCACAAGACCCAGAUCUGGGUCCGUCGUGCCGGCCCCAAUUACCAAGAAGGUCUGAAGAACAUCAAGGCUGUCGGCGAGGAACUCCACCUCAACAUGCAUGUCUACGGCCCCGAGAUGCACGUCAGCGGGAUUGUGCCUUUGGCGUUAAACGGGAAGACAACUGAUGUCAAGGAGUUUGGUGAAGCAUGAUUAUAACGAAACUCAUUAAUAAAAAAGAAAAUACAUUUGGCCCGGUCUUCUUAUUAUCAUUCUUCUUUUCUAGACUAUCGUUCUUGUAUGCGAAGUUAAUUACCGCCCCGCCCGAAAUAAUGAAUUUCAUAGAUGCUUCGGCUUCUCCAUCUGUUCUGUGCUUGGUAUC